AUGCCUACUGUCAUAUUAUUAGAUGUAUCUCUCUCUAUGACAAAACCUGUACAACUUGGAGAUGGUUUUGAAACAAUUACAAAAAAACAGCUCGCAGAAUUAGGAAUAUGUGCAUUUUUGGAUCAUCUCAGUAUUCAUUCAAAAUUGGAAUUUAUAUCACUGAUGGCUUUUUCUUCGUUAUAUGAAGAAAGAUGUCCAUUCACCAGAGAUUAUAAUGUAAUUAAAGCGGAACUGAAGAACAUAGAAGAUUACGACAAGACUUGCGUAGAAACAGCCUUACACGGUGUCAACCAAAUGGUUUUGGGUGAAUGGGGAAACAACACAGCUUGUCAGAUAUUAUUGGUAACAGACGGCAACACUGGAUUAGGAUCAAAUUCGUUAAAGGAAUCAUUGGCCACGUUGAAUCAAAGAUCUAAAGUACCUUUUCCUGUACCAUUUUCGUUUCCAGGAAAACUCCAUAUUGUAUGUUUAACGCCCACCAAUGAUUUCAAUUUUAUAAAAUCCAAACCGCUUUAUCAAAGACUCAUAGAUCUCACCGGAAGUGAUGGAUCGAUUUUGGUACCAGAAAAUCUACAGAGCGAAGCCUGCAUUAUUAGUUUGUUUCAAAAAUUGGCCGAAGAUAUGUAUACGACGUUUAGAGGUACAAUGAAAUGUGGAAAUAUGGAAUCAAAAAUUGUGUUGUCACCUGCGCCUAUGCCAUACACACAAGUUACGGACUUUGACACCCAAACGCACAAUAUGUCAGAAUUGAUAGAAGUGUGCGGGUUCGUUGGCGUCGCAGACGUGGGCUCUCCUAUGGCAAUUAGUCGACAUCUGAUUUUGCCAGCCAGUUCUCCGACGAAAGCAAGUUCUCCCAAAAAACAAGAAAAAAGCACCGCAGACUUGGAAAUCAUCGAGGACGAUGCAACUGACGAAGCCAGGAUACCGUCCUUUUGCGUUCUGCUUCAUGGCGCUUUAAGAGUUGAGAAUAUGGCAGCACUUGUCAAUAUAGGCGAAAACUGGUUUGGGUUCGUAUAUUCCUGGGCGGAUUCGAAAAAGAAGUCAAACUUAAUGUUGACCCUUCUUACUCCCGGAGCGGACGCGGUACCAUGGUUGGGUGAUUUAAAUUCUUUAGGAUCAGGAGAAUCCUUUACGCCGGACCAAGCUGGAAGUUUUCCCGUAAAGCCGAUAGAGAAACGGAGUUAUUCCCAAAACGGAGUAGUUUGGAUUAGACAGGCCGGCUUGCAGUCUGACAUCCAGAAGAUUUUAAGACAUGCUAGGAAGUUGCCGGAGAAAACUCAACAAUUUUAUAAGGAGCUGAACAGGUUACGCAAAGCAGCCAUUUCCUUAGGGUUCCUAGAAUUACUCAACGGGUUGGCCUACAUUUUCGAUCAAGAAUGCUUGCAGUUACCAGGUAGCGCGCAUCCGGAUUGCGCAUUGCAGUUACAACAUGCUGCCGAAGUGUUGAGAAAAACGCAAAAUCGUGAUAUAAAGUACGUCGUGAUGCCUUUACAGACGAAUUACAACAGUUCUUAG